CUCUCUCCCUCUGUGUCUGCUAGCCGCCUCCCCUGCCCGCCGUCUUCCUCACCCACCCCCUUUCUCCGUCUCCCUCGUCCCCGCACCUCCAUUCGGCCUCGGUUGCCUCGACGGAUUGCUGAGGCUGUGGGAAGAGGAAAGGAUAUCGCGAGUAUUGGAGUUUUGGUGAGAGUUUGUGGAAGAUGGCGCCUGUUGUGACAGGGUCUGCCCGUUGUGGUUUCCUGUAUUGACUGAGUGCAUAUGAAGUUUGGGGAGCGCCCUCAGCCACAGCGCCUAACCAGAGAAGCCAUGAGGAACUACCUAAAGGAGCGAGGGGACCAAACUGUUAUGAUCCUGCAUGCAAAAGUUGCACAGAAAUCCUAUGGCAAUGAGAAAAGGUUUUUCUGCCCUCCCCCUUGUGUGUACCUGAUGGGCAGCGGUUGGAAGAAAAAGAAGGAACAGAUGGAGCGUGACGGCUGUUCCGAGCAAGAAUCGCAGCCUUGUGCCUUCAUCGGCAUCGGCAACAGUGACCAGGAAAUGCAGCAACUUAACUUAGAGGGAAAGAACUAUUGCACAGCCAAAACCUUGUACAUAUCCGACUCCGACAAGAGAAAGCACUUCAUGUUGUCUGUCAAAAUGUUCUACGGCAACAGCACCGACAUCGGUGUCUUCCUCAGCAAGAGGAUCAAGGUCAUCUCCAAGCCCUCCAAAAAGAAACAGUCCCUUAAGAACGCCGACUUGUGCAUUGCAUCAGGCACCAAGGUGGCGCUGUUCAACCGGCUGCGGUCCCAAACGGUCAGCACACGCUAUCUCCACGUCGAGGGGGGCAAUUUCCACGCCAGCUCCCAACAGUGGGGGGCCUUCUACAUCCACCUGUUGGAUGAUGAAGAAUCUGAGGGGGAGGAGUUCACUGUGAGAGACGGUUACAUCCACUACGGACAGACGGUCAAGCUGGUUUGUUCAGUCACCGGCAUGGCGCUGCCCAGACUGGUCAUCCGUAAGGUGGACAAACAGACAGCCCUGCUGGACGCGGACGACCCCGUCUCCCAACUCCACAAGUGUGCCUUCUACCUGAAGGACACGGAGCGCAUGUACCUGUGCCUUUCACAAGAGAGGAUCAUCCAGUUUCAAGCCACUCCAUGCCCAAAGGAACCAAACAAGGAAAUGAUCAACGACGGCGCUUCCUGGACAAUCAUCAGCACGGACAAGGCCGAGUACACCUUCUACGAGGGCAUGGGCCCCGUCCAAUCGCCUGUCACUCCUGUGCCUGUAGUGGAGAGCUUACAGCUCAACGGCGGCGGGGACGUCGCCAUGCUGGAGCUGACGGGACAGAACUUCACUCCAAAUUUGCGGGUCUGGUUCGGCGACGUCGAGGCGGAGACCAUGUAUAGGUGCGCAGAGAGUAUGCUCUGCGUGGUGCCCGACAUCUCCGCCUUCUGCGAGGGCUGGCGCUGGGUGCGGCAGCCUGUCCAGGUGCCCGUCACGCUGGUGAGGAACGACGGCAUCAUCUACUCCACCACACUGACCUUUACCUACACGCCGGAGCCCGGGCCGCGGCCACACUGCAGCGCGGCCGGCGCCAUCCUGAGGGCCGGCAACUCCAGCCUGCUGAGGGACGGCGGCGGCCAGGAGACGGGCGCCGCCGUCUACGCCGCCUCCGGCGCAGGAGUCACGUCCUCGUCCGCCGCCGCAGCCGUGGUUUCCUAACGCCCUAUUCCGUCUGCCUUGAGAGCAAAUAUACCGGCGGUUGUGGAACAAAUUUGGGGAACAAUCAAACUGCUGCGUUUCAAUUUUGAAUGGAAAAAUAACAAAGAAAGAAGCGCCGGGGGGUCUGAAGGAGGAGUGACAUCACCAAGCGGGACAAGCUCCCCCCUUCCCUGCGGUCACUUUGGGGACCUGCCAGGAUCCAGUCAUGGUGCUCCGGAAUAUUCCCGCAGAGCACCGGCACCUUUCCACAGUUGCCACAACGAAUCCACCACAACAAUACAUCCAACGCCGCCCCAAAGAGUGCUGAAGUGGAAUGAAUAUUUUUGCACUGCCCUCCUUCCAUGCUUCCUGGUGAUGGAUGUAUUGUUGUCCGAGGAUGCAGAGGGACACAAAACGCGACGGUGACAUCGUUUUUAUGGACCAAGGAACUUGUAUAAGCUUUAGUAAAGGUACAUUUUUCUCCAUACCUUUUUUUGUAUUAAACAUAUAGUCCACUUUUGUUACCAAAUAGUUUGUAUUCCUCCUCUGAGCUUGGGCUCCGCCCCCCCUCCCCUGCCCUUAAAAGUCUGCGAAGGUUUUUGUUUUGUGUAGUUGGGACAGGGCGAGGGGGGACCUCGGAGGGCCUAUUUUUUAUUAUCAUUGGUUUUUAUGAAGUCUUUAAAAGAAAGAAAAGCUUUAAGCAACGCCUCUGCCUUGCCUUUGCCAAUACGUGCGCCACGACUCCGUCGGAAUUGUCCAAGUCACGGAGCGUACAAGCGGUCUUGUUGGACGGCCUUAGCCUCACGUCAUAUCACGCGUUAGUGUCUUCCAGCGGCGUCAUUAGCGACUCAAUGUGGCCUUACCUUCAGUUACACACACAAAAAAACGGUCGUUUUGAGCGAGAGCUUCUCCUCGCCUUCCUCCGACUUCCACUGCUGGUACUUUCUCCCGAGCGCCUUCCUUUUUCUAACGCGACCUACAAAAAAAGACACGCGUCCACGCCGACAGAGUGCAGAAAGACCUUCUUUCGUGUAUUAUGGAACAUUUAAGAGCAGCAAUAUUGUACAGCUCAACACUUUGUCCACCUGAGCACUACAAAUUCACCAGCCAGUGUGCAUGUGUGUGUGUGCGUGUGUGUGUAUGUGAGUGUGUGUCAUUGUAAUGGAUCAUUGAGUUUGACUCACUCCAUUAGCGUCCAGAUACUACAAAAGGCUGAGGGGAAAAAAAUAACUUGACAAUUAAAGGCAAUACUUAGCAGCUUACAGUCCAACUGUAACUUGAAUGUGUUAACUUUUGUCUUUUUCACAACAACACACACAAAACAGGAUUCACUCGAUCCCCUCCGAUGGAAAAAAAAAAAAAACAAUUUAAGUUGAUAUGUUUUACUGUAUAUUGUAAUAUUUUAAAUUAUUGGUACAAAGUUUCCCCUUGUCUGAUGUCAAAAAAGUGCAUUAUUGCCUGCGCUGCCUUGGGUUGGCCUGGGUUUUGUUUUUUUUCGGGUUUUUUAACAAAAAAAAAAGGCAAACUCCUGUUUGGUGUAGCAGCAACAAAUCUUUACAAACCCUUUACUGGCCAGGUCAGAGGUCGCGCAAUCUUAAAAAUGUUGAUUUUAUUUAACCGCAAGUCUUGUCUCUGUUUUUUAACUCUCUGUUUGGCGCUAGUAUCGCCCGUCUUCUCUGGAAUGUUUUUGGGUUGUUUACAUGUUGACCCCUCCCUCGUCAUCAUCAUCAUCAUCAUCAUCACAGAGUUCAAGGGCACUUUGAUCUUGACAACCUGAGCUGGUUUACACUUCUUUAAAGGGACGUGAGUGUCGCGGGGUGUUGGAAAUGUUACACGCCUACUCUGGAAUUGUUUUGGAAAAUGUUUUUUAUGUACUCUUCUGGAAGCAGCUGUCAUCGUUUUCUUAAAGGAGCUCUGAACAAUAUUUGUGUCGCGGAGGAAUGCCAAAUGUCUGAACAUGUAGGUGUCGUGCACUGCACAGCGAGAGGCAGCUUUAAACCUUUUUUCCUCCCUCUGUCGCUCUCAGCCUUACUUCUCUUUCAGACUAUUUGGGCUGUUUGCACUACAGAGCGCUAACACACUGUCACUGUAUGUGUAUGUUUUUUUUCGUACUGGUCAUUGUGGUAGUAUACUUCUUUCUCAACCGCUAGUUUGUAACAUUUAGCAAUAACAUCACAACAAGGGGACUUUUGUUUUUUUUUUGUUUUUUAAUAGCAGUUUUUGUACAUAUUCCAGCUCCGGGUCAUGCUCCAGUCUGUCAUUAAAACACAAAAAAUGUCAUAAAAAUGAGAAUAAAAAGUGUUAUAAAGUCUUA